AUGCCAGACUUUCACCCACAUAUUCAGGGUCUCUCUUCGCAGCUGUUGGGCAGAAUCUUCGACUUCUAUGCCCACAACCCUGAUGGGGAGAGAAUCCUCAAUGGUCGAGAAACGACCUCGUUCUCUUCUUGCGAAGGCGGACAUUACGCCAAUCCGGGUAUUUUACUCCAUGUCUGCAAGAGCUGGCGUACCAUCUCCCUCGACCGUCCAUCACUCUGGUCCACAAUUAUCAUGAUUCAGCCAAUUGCAUCCUACAUUUCUCGGCUCGAAAACUGGCUCAGACUCUCCAGGACCGACCUCUUGAAUCUGCAGAUAAUCCAGACCAUGCCAGAUGACGAAACACCUAUCGAACCUCUCAGAGAAGAAAGGACGGUUGUCAACACCCUCCUCGAGAUACUACUCAGACGCAUCGAGCGAUGGGAAUCGAUAACUUUCCUCCUCACCAUCGGCUUCCUACCAGCCUUCGCAGAGUUCCCACAGGGCAAGCUCGAGCAGCUCAAAUCCGCCACCUUGGACCUUUCCACUUGGACCACUCACCCCGAGGUGAUGAACAGUAUAUUCUGUGCAAUACACGCCGCUCCCAGGCUUGAAUUCAUGAGCGGGUUCGCAGCGUUCUUCCAAAGUCCAACAGGUAUCCCAGAUAGCGUCCCAUGGCACCAGCUGAAGGGAAUCGAGCUGGACGUGAGGGUCAUUUCCCAGGAGCCAUUGACCAUCAGCUACGUGCUGGCUGUUCUCGCUAAAUGUCCCCAACUGACGUCGGCCACAUUCAAGCUCGAAUACUGCAAGAAAUCUUCCCCUGCAGCACAGAAGACCACUUUGUCCAUGCCUAACCUCGUAUCGCUCACUUUGGAUGACACCUCGUCGGCCGAUGUGGAAUACGUCCUCCGAAGCAUCACCCUUCCCUCCUUGCACACACUUAACAUAUCCAUCGACUUCGAAGCUCAUCCAUCCUCGCUCCCUCAUGCCGUCUCCGGCAUCAUAUCGAGCUCUAAAUGCAUCAUAAAAUACCUUGGACUGGACGUCCAGGAGGAACAGCUCAUCAAGCUCCUGGCUCUUCCCUUCAUCAAAGACGUCGAAGUCCUCUGCGUCGGGGGCAACAAGACGCAGGUCUUCGCGUCUCUCCUCACACGCCACGCGCAAGAAAAGGCCUCCUUGGAAGUUCUUCCAAAUCUCGAGUACCUGCAGCUCAACUACUCGCAAGACCGGGAUGGGACAAACAGAGUUUAUGCGCCGACGUCCGCACUAAACACGAUGGUUCUAUCUCGCACGAGCCAGUCUCCUCCAGCACCGGGCUUGAAGAUCCUUAAAUUUAUUUCGUUUCGGAAUGAACCAGACCCCUCUUUCCCUUUCCCAGGUCUAGGAGAUGUGCCGCCCGAACUUGAGGUCAGAAUAUUCUGA